AUGGCUGCCGCCGUUUCCGACGAGAUCAGGCCAACGUCUGGGGCUGUCUCCCCUCGCAUGUCGUCAAGUCCUAGUCUUACUAGACGCGGCCGAUCCGCCUCGACCGGCUAUCGCGGAACUAGCAAGGCAUCUUUAUCCUGCGUUUCUCUUUCUUCAUCAGCAUAUCCUCCGUGUCUCGGCAAUGGCAGCUCAUCUCAACUCUAUGGUGGCUUGAAUGCCCGUCCAAUGACCUCAGCCUCUCCGGGCUCGCCGGUAGGCCAGAAUGGAAACCCUCGAAUUCGCCUCGUCGGGACCGAUUCCCCCAAUGGCUCCCAGUCAAAGACUAUUCCUAUGCCAACCGAUCUGAGGCCAGUAUCCCGAGGAGUGCCGCGGGGAAACGAGGCCAUUGAGGAGAAUGUCGUUGCGCAGUUCCCCCCUCGACAGAGAACAUUGGAUUUUUGGAGGGACAUGCCGGACGAGAUCAAAAUGAGAAUAUUCCGGCACUUGACUCCCAAAGAAAUUGUCCGUGCCUCUUCCGUUUCUAAGGCGUGGCACAAGAUGUGCUUUGAUGGGCAGUUGUGGUCUAGUGUCGACACCACCGAGUACUAUCGUCAGAUUUCUAGUGACAGCCUUGUGAAAAUUAUUACCUCUGGCGGCCCGUUUGUUAAGGAUCUCAAUCUCAGAGGCUGUGUCCAAUUGCAAGAAAAGUGGUCGUCAGAAGGUGAGCGCAUCUCGGACAUGUGUCGGAAUGUCGUCAAUUUCUCCCUCGAAGGGUGUCGCAUUGAUAAGACUGCGAUCCACUACUUUCUCCUACGAAACCCCCGCCUGGAGUAUAUUAACUUGUCGGGGUUGGCCAGUGUCAAGAAUUCCGCCAUGAAGAUCAUUGCGCAGUCGUGUCCCCAACUCGAAACAUUGAAUGUUUCAUGGUGCACCAAUGUCAAUACCUCUGGACUCAAGAGAGUUGUUCAGUCAUGUCCACGGCUGAAAGAUCUCCGGGCCAGUGAAAUCACCGGGUUCAAUGAUGAGGAGUUCGCUCUUGAAUUGUUCGAGCGCAACACUCUGGAACGGCUGAUUAUGAGUCGGACCGAUUUGACAGAUCAAUGUUUACAAGUUAUCAUCCAUGGUGUUGAUCCUGAGAUGGAUGUGCUUGCUGAUCGUCCAAUUGUUCCUCCUAGACGGUUUAAACAUUUGGAUAUUCAUCAAUGCACAGAUUUGACUGAUGAUGGGGUCAAGAGUCUAGCUCACAAUGUCCCAGAUCUUCAAGGCUUGCAAAUUUCCCAAUGCUCACAGCUAAGCGAUGACUCUGUUAUUGCUAUAAUCCGCACUACACCGCUGCUCACCCAUCUCGAUGUUGAAGAUAUCGAUGCGCUCUCAAACAACACGCUCAUUGAGCUAGCAAAUUCCCCGUGCGCUCCACAUCUCGAGCAUCUCAAUGUCAGUUACUGUGAGAGCCUGGGUGACACUGGAAUGCUGCAAGUCAUGAAGAGCUGCCCGUCCUUACGCUCUGUUGAGAUGGAUAACACCCGAAUCUCUGACCUCUCUCUGAUGGAAGCAUGUUUCCGGAUGCGCAAGCGAGGCUACGAUGAGAACCUCCCCCAAGUUGGUCUACGACUAGUUGUCUUCGACUGUGCCAAUGUCACCUGGGCCGGUGUUAAGGAGGUCCUUUCUAACAAUGCUUAUAUCCCACGCUCUCGCAAGCCUUCUCCCGCUGUUAUCACAGUUACCCAAACGGUCGAUCCGGUAACAGGCGGCACUGUGGUUACAUCUUCCACUUCACCGCCACCGCCGCCUCCUGUAUACCCCAAUCAAGUCAUUCAACUCAAGUGCUUCUACGGCUGGCAGAUGACUGUGGACGAACACAUGAAGCGAGUCUUGCGUGGUGAUCUUGCUUCCGCAAACAGGUUGGACCGAAAGUGGGCAGACUACAUGAUGGCCACCGAAGAAGCAGGUGCAGCAGGCGCCGGGGCGAGAAGAAGAAGACGCCGAGCUCGUGAAGCCGAGCGACUCUACAACGCCGAUGACGCUGAUGAUGCCUAUGAUGGUGGAGUCGUCUCGGCUCUUGGGGGCAGACGCAGAAGAGCACAGAGUGGAGGAUGUGCUAUCAUGUGA